AAACACAAACACAAAAACAACAACAACAACAACAACAACAGUGGUUCAUUUCAUCAAUGUUGUUUGUGCAUUACAGGUGAAAACAUUUAACAACAAUAACAUGAUGAUGAUCAAUUCAAUAGUGAAUUUGGAGAUUGUUUUAUUUAGAAAAUUUAUGAAAAAUUUUUACUUUCGUAGAUAUCAUAAUCAUAUAUUUUAUCUAUUCUAUUAUGAUGAAUUGAUUCAACGAAAAUUCAAUGUCCAUCAUGAUGAUGAUGAUGAUGAGGUUGUACGGAUGAAACCUUUCGGUAAAAUUCCAUGGCCAUACAUUCAUAAUCUAUUAUUGGGCAUAAUAAACAUUACGGUCACAUUAGCAUCGAUCAUAUUGAUCAAACAACCAAAAUGGAUUAAUGAUUAUGAUUGUUUUGAUGUAUUAUCAAAAUUAUUUCCAGCUGAUGGUCUAACAUAUCUGAUGACAGCUAUAAUUUUAUGUACAAUAAACACAUUGUUGAAUGCAUUUUAUGCCACAUCAACAAGUUAUGAACAAUUUCAAUUUUUAUUACCAAUUCAAUAUGUUAAAUGGCGUAAUAUGAAUGAACAGGAUUCAAAACAUUAUGAAUGGAUUAGAGAUUGGUCAUUUUUCAUUGCAAGAUAUAAUAUUUUCGAUUGGUCAACUGUUUCUAAUUGCAAUGAUUAUGAUUAUAAUAUUGAAAUCAUUAUGGCGAAUAUCAUUGUUUUGGACAUUAUUCUGGCUAUGCAUUAUGCAUAUAUGGUCAUAUCAUAUAUGUUCAGGAUUCUAUCAUAUUGCAUCAUUCAUAUUCAUUAUGCAAUACUAUCUAAAUCUGCGACAACAAUCAUUCUUGAAAUCGAUACAAAAAUCAUAUGA